GGGCGGUGCGACGGGGAGGGGCAGCGGGGAGCGGUUAGAGGUGGGAGUUGGCGCUGCGGGCCGGGCGGGGGCCGCGGAAGCUGCGAUGCGGACGGGGCAGCGGCGGUGACCCGAGCUGCCGCCCGACAUGAACUCGCUGGAGCAGGCGGAAGCCCCGCGAGUUGUAUCCCUGAUUCCUGCGGUGGUUUCCGGUAACUGCCAAGAUCUCAAGGCUUUUGAGAGGAGACUUACUGAAUAUAUUCAUUGUUUGCAACCUGCUACUGGACGCUGGAGAAUGCUUCUUAUAGUGGUAUCUGUCUGUACAGCUACUGGUGCCUGGAACUGGUUAAUAGACCCUGAGACACAAAAGGUGUCCUUCUUCACAUCAUUGUGGAAUCACCCAUUUUUCACCAUUAGCUGUAUCACUCUAAUAGGCUUGUUCUUUGCUGGAAUACACAAGAGAGUAGUUGCACCAUCAAUUAUAGCUGCUCGAUGUCGAACGGUAUUAGCAGAAUACAAUAUGUCUUGUGAUGAUACAGGAAAACUAAUUUUGAAACCUAGGCCUCAUGUUCAAUGACAAUCUUCACUCAUUGUUAUGGGACUUAAAAUAGCCUUUCUUCGAAUAAGUGAUACAGCAAAAAGCCAUAAAGGAUUCCUUUUGCGGUUGGAUAUGUAAAGGUCAUAGCAGCAACUGACAAGAAGUGUGCAAUAUUUACCUGGAUUAUCUUGAUGAUGGUGACUCAUUAUCAGUGCUUUGGUACUUUUGAUUACCUGUGUUUCAGUAUUAGUGUCACUUUAGUACUUCAGAUCCUGCAAAGAUUUUUGCAGAUGAAGUAUGUAUGUAUGUUACUAAGUUAAACUUAGAAACAGAACCUCAUUCAGUUUUUAUAAUGUAUUUUUGCAAACUACUGUAAAUAGCAAAUCAAUGCCAAUGUUAAACAAAGAGGAAAACGUUGUGUGGACUUUGUUCUCUUGCACCGGUAUUUCAGGAACAUCUGCUUGCCAUCCCCACAGCUCUUUAAAACUGGCUAUUAUGUGUGCCUUUCAUUCUUCCAUUUCUAAUCAUACUGCAGGAAAAACAUUGGAUUCAGCUUAGACUGAGGAAAACUCUCCAUUAUGUUGUAAGAAAUUAUAGAUGUUUUGAGAGACACUUUUUGUUAAACCAGAUAUUGAACUCCAGCAACUAUUGUGGUUAUAUUUUUAGUUCAUUGUUCUCAUUUAAUGCUAAAUAUCCUUUAUAUUGCUUUAAUAAUUUUCUUUUUUUUUUUUUUUUUUAGACGGAGUCUCGCUCUGUUGCCAGGCUAGAGGGCAGUGGCACGAUCUUGGCUUUCUGCAACCUCUGCCUCCCAGGUUCAAGCGAUUCUCCUGCUUCAGCCUCCCGAGUAGCUGGGACUACAGGCGCAUGCCACCAUGCCCAGCUAAUUUUUUUGUAUUUUUAGUAGAGACGGGGUUUCACCACAUUGGCCAGGAUGGUUUCGAUCUCCUGACCUCGUGAUCCUCCUGCCUCAUCCUCCCAAAAUGCUGGGAUUACAGGCAUAAGCCACCGUGCCUGGCCUCUUUAAUAAUUUUUAAAAUACCCUAAAGGCUUGUGAAUAUACAAGUCUACUGAUAAAUUAUGUAUUGUCUGGGAAUUUGAUAGUCAUUGUUUUAGAUAACUGGAUUUUACGCUGUGGUAGACAGGCUGUGAAACUAGUGUUGCACAGGUGUAAUUGGUCAUCCUAUGCCUUCACCAGAAUAACUUGGGAGUGGUGCCACAAACUAGAGUCUACAAUUCUCACUGUUUAGAGAGUGUUAAUGACAUACUGUGUAUGCAUAAUAGCCACAUGUACUAUAAUAGCCCUUAAAAUUAAACUAUUGGGAUUGCUGUAAAUAUUUUAAAGUACUGGAGGUGCCUUUUACCUGUUUAUUAGAUUUUGAAAAGGUUUAAAUUAUUUCAUGAGCAAUCUUUUAAAUUUCAUUUAACAUAAAGCUGAAAAUUCAAUAACAGGAUAAAAAAGCUUUUUAACAAGGCUGCCAUUUAACUUAAAUGUGUUCAUCUUAGCUUUCACUUGUAUAAAAUUUGAUUCUUUGAACUGCAGCAAUAAAACCCUCAGCUCCUAAGAAGUCUUAAGAGGGUAUUCUAUAUAUUCUGCUUUGUUUUAUUUUCUGUAAAUUUUGUAGGUAAAUAUGUGCAUAAAAAAUAAAUACUUUAUAUAUAA